CCGAGGCCGGCGCCCCGCCUCCUUCGCGUUCUCCGCUGGCGUGACGUGCUACCUUUCCCCUCUCGCGCCGGCUCUGCGCUGGGGUCUCACCGCUUAGUUACCGCGUUCUAGCUCUGGCCCCGGAAGUGGGCUCGCCCCCCGCGGUUUCUGCUCCUGGGCGGCGACGGUCGCCACGGUGGCGGCCACUGCAACUCCUACCACCUCCGUGGCCCUGGGCGUGGUAUCAGCGGGCCCUGGGACUAUGACGGGCCAGGGCCAGUCGGCGUCAGGGUCGUCGGCGUGGAGCACGAUAUUCCGCCACGUCCGGUACGAGAAUCUGGUGGCGGGUGUGAGCGGCGGGGUCUUGUCCAACCUCGCGCUGCACCCGCUAGACCUCGUGAAGAUCCGCUUCGCGGUGAGUGAUGGAUUGGAACUGAGACCAAAAUAUAAAGGAAUUGUGCAUUGCUUGACUACCAUUUGGAAACUUGAUGGACUACGGGGACUUUACCAAGGAGUAACGCCAAAUGUGUGGGGUGCAGGUUUAUCCUGGGGACUCUACUUUUUCUUUUACAAUGCCAUCAAAUCGUAUAAGACAGAAGGAAGAGCAGAACGUUUAGAGGCAACAGAAUACCUCGUCUCAGCUGCCGAAGCUGGAGCCAUGACCCUCUGCAUUACAAACCCGUUAUGGGUAACAAAGACUCGCCUUAUGUUACAGUACAACGGUGUUGUUAACUCCUCACAACGACAAUAUAAAGGAAUGUUUGAUACACUUCUGAAAAUAUAUAAGUAUGAAGGUGUGCGUGGAUUGUACAAGGGAUUUAUUCCUGGGCUGUUUGGAACAUCACAUGGUGCCCUUCAAUUUAUGGCAUAUGAAUUGUUGAAGUUGAAAUACAACCAGCAUAUCAACAGAUUACCAGAAGCCCAGUUGAGCACAAUAGAAUAUAUAUCUGUUGCAGCACUCUCCAAAAUAUUUGCUGUGGCAGCCACGUACCCGUAUCAGGUCGUGAGAGCCCGUCUGCAGGAUCAGCACAUGUUUUACAAGGGCGUGCUGGACGUGAUCACAAAGACGUGGAGGAAAGAAGGCAUCGGUGGAUUUUACAAAGGAAUUGCCCCCAAUUUGAUCAGAGUGACUCCAGCCUGCUGUAUCACUUUCGUGGUAUAUGAGAAUGUCUCACAUUUUCUACUUGACCUUAGAGAAAAAAAAAUGUAAGCUAGAAGAAGAUAAUUCCAGUACAUCUGCUUAAGGGAGCAACUGUUUCUUUGUGUUUGAGAUGUAAACCUCGGAAGAAGACUGCACAGCAACAUGGUUCACAAUGGAAAUUGGUCUGUAAUCAUUAGAAGUCAAAGAACUGCUAAGACUUUGCAAUGUUUUUCUGCUUUUUGCCUUCCCCGUAUGUAUGGGACUUGGCUACCUCUGCCAGAAAUGGCUCCCAUCAACACAAUUGUAAAACUGAUACCAAGUGAAGAAUUUCACAAAUUUCUGUAUUUCACUGUUCAAGUAGAAGCUGAUUACAGCAUUUGCUGAAUGGAUUAGAUGAACGUGCUUUUUUUCUGAACUCGUUUGCCUGGAUUGGCUUUAAAAUCAAUCUCUGUGCAAUAGCAAGAAAAUGGCUUCUGAAAAGAAUUAUCAUUGCUGUUUCAAGGGCAAAUUAAACUUCAAGGAUUUGCUGGGAAAAGUACUGCUUAAAUCCAGACCAUUUUUGAACUGGGAAAUUUUGGUAAGGAAAAAAAACACUGUAAGUGUGCUUUAGUUUUAAUUCAAUUGGAAUGUGCUAACUAGAGAAAUUUGAGAAGUUACAUACUUCUCUUAAUUUGAGAAAUAUCUGAUAUUUGUUGUCAUUCUGUCAUUAAUUUUUUCUCCAGGGGCUCUUCCAUAACUUAAAAUGUAAUUGUGGAUCCAGUUGUUAUAUUUUUGACAUAGGUACUUAGUGUCUUAAACUUAUAAAAUCUGAAUUAGGAUCCAGCUGUGCAGCCCUUGGUUAGCAUAUUUGGCUGUAAAUCACUAAUUGGCUGUAGGUGACUAAUAGAUCACCUCAUACAGAUACUGGAAUAAUUGGAAUGUGCUUGUUGAGGAACUGUGUGAAAAUGAGAAACUAACUUCCUACUUCAGCUAUCGGAGAUAUGGGUUCACAUCCCAAAUGAAUGAUUAAUCUCCAUUGGUUGUUCAUAUUCAGGUUUCAAUACAAAUUACGUUGAUAGCCAUUAUUGACUUUACUUUUUUGAGCCAUUGUAAAUAUCUAUAAAAGCUUGCCCCAAAAGGAUGCCAGAAUAAUAUUUUUAUUUAUCAUAAAUCUUUAUGAAUGCUGUUGCACUUCCAUCUAUUUGUUGUAAAUUAAAAAAAUGGUGGUUUUCAAAGCCAUAUUUAAAUGGUUCUUUGAAAAUGGGUCUAUUUUUUAUAUUUUGAAAAUGGCAUUGUUUUAAAAAUAUGGAACAGUAAGUAUCGAAUUGUAUUUAAUCUCUUGUAAUAUGCACAGGAAUACUUUGUAAAUUAAAUGCGAUGUAUUUUUUCAUACUUCUGGAUGUACGAUAAUUCAUAUGAAAUCCUGAUAUUAGUCCCUAUAUGGAAGACCGGCUAGUUACUGCUUGGAGUUUUAGAGGUAGUGCCAUUGUUUGAAUGCCUCCUGUGUGUACCCCCAAAUUACUAAAACAUAAUUCCUGUCUUCUAAGAGCAUACAAGCUUGCAGAAAAAGUAAAUAAGCAUUAAGUAACUACAGUUCUAGACUAACAGGCAAGAAGAUUUCUACAAAGCCCUGUGAGAGUUCUGAGAAAAGAGAACUCCUUCCACUUAAUUCAACAACAAAUUGUUACUGAGCUCUUGCUCUGUGCCAGCACUGGAGAUACAGCAGAAAGUAAGACAGACAACAUUCCUGCCCUCAGGGGAUUUUCAUUUUAGUGCAAGUGACAGAAAACAUAAAUUAUGCAUAAUACAAUCUCAGAUAUUAAAUGCUAUAAAUAGAACAAAAGCAGAGUUGGAAAUAGUGCUGCUAUCUUGGGAUGGUCAGGGUCAGGAAAGACCUCUUUGAAGAGGCAAUAUUUGAAACAUUUUGAAAGAAAUGAGGAAGCAAGCCACAAUGAGAUAAGGAAACACAUUCUAGGCAGAGAAAAUAUGAAGUACAAAGGCCCUGAGGCAGGAAUUAAUUUAGCUAGAGGGGGUGAGUUGAGGCUAGGCUGGCCAGGGAGGGGGAGGUUGGAGAAAUGGCCCUGCUAGUAUGGUAGGAAAGAGUGCAGGGUUGGCUUCAAAUUUCAGCUUUCCCAUUUGCCGUUUGGCCUCAGCCCAAUCAAGUUUUCUCGUACGUAAAAUGUGUCUUAGAUUUGUUCCUUUGUGGAUGAGGAUGCUUGGGCAAGUGAUUAUUGAGGGAGUGCUCUUACGAGCCUCUGUCAUGGAGUGAAGACGACGGGGGAAGUUUCAGAAGUUCACCUUCAGCCUGUUCCUACAGGACACUCUGCAGUAUGAAUUGGACCACAGAGAUUGUCCUGCCCUGAGGUGGGAGGCUGGGCUAUGAUGUUCUCAUAUCAGGCAGUCAUUGACUGUCCUGGAGAGGAGGGGAGGCUAGGUCCCUCUCCUCAGUCAAAAGCAGCCCCCCAAAUAAUGUGGGAGUGACAGCUGUUAGCUGGGAUAUGGGUGCGCCAGCCCUGUAAAGAGGGGUUUGGUGGGUCAUCAACAAUCUGCAAAUGAGGAUAUGAAAAGUAGGUAGCUCAUAGGAUUAUUGAUCAGAUUAAAUGGAUCAAUCAAUGUGUAGUGCUUAGCAUUUUACAAACAUUAGCAUGGGCCAGAUCUUAGAGGCCGUAGUCAGGGGUUUAGAUUUCGGGAGAGAUCAUUCUAGCUAUUGUAUGAAGAAAGAAUUAGGAGACAAGAAACAGGGUUACUAGUUAGGAAGCUUUCACAGAUACCUAGUCAAGAGUUGGUGGUAGCAUCGAUCUGAUUGAUGAAAUUGGAAACAGUUUAUAGCUUGGGGGUAACUAAAACAGGGUUCAUGGAAGGGAGAACUUGAAGCUUGGCCUUGAUGGUAGAGAUUUCAAAGGGAACAUGAAAAAAAGCACAGGUGACAUGUCUUGAGCAGCGUGUUGUCAAUGUAGUAAUAAAAGGAAGAAACAGAAGAGAGAGCUGAAUGACGAGCCAGAACCUGAGAACUCAGAGUCUUAGUAAUGUGUCUAGGUUUUAUUUGAUGACUAAAAGAGAAGUGAGAGUCAUUAACAGAACAGACAUGGUUACAUCUCAAGGGUGAUAGAAGACAACCAGUCAGAUAAGAGGAGCAAACUCAAAGGGAAGGGGUUAUCAACCAUGUAAGUAUUUCAGUAAGAUGAAGAUGAAUGUCACUGAUAACUUGAAGCAGAUUCAAAUUAUAGAGGCUGAAGACACGUUGCAAGCAGCUAAGCAGGUAGGGCAAACAGCAAGGAUUCAUUUCACUCUAGGCUCUUUCUUGGAUUUCAGCAGAUAAAGGAAAGGUAGAAAGAGAACUUCAGCUUGAAAAAAGUACUGGGAGUCUAGGAAGGGGUGCGAGCAGGGAGGUUGGCCAAGCGAAAACCAGAACAUGAUUAUAAAAAGGCUCAAAGAUUAAGAUCUAGGCCAAAGUAAAACUUGGAGCUCAGCAUCCGAGAACGAACGUAUGGUAAAAUGUGAACCAAGACAAUGUUGGGUGCCAUGCCUUGUGAAAAGGUUAUUCUGUUUUCACUAUGUGCUUCUGUAGUGUGGCAACUUCAGAAAGUUGUUGUUCAAAGCCAUACUAGAAAAGGGAUAUCAACUAAAAAGUAUGUUUGAGCUCAGGAGUCAUCAGAGCACGGUCUGUCUUUUGAAUGUGGACACGGACACGUUACUGAACAUAAAAUCCUCCAGACAGAGUAUUAUUACUUUAUUAGCAAGACCUCUUUAGUGAUUGUAAAAUUACAGAAAUAAAAUAGCAUGAAGUGAUUUAACUAUUUCUUC